AUGUGUUAUUGCGUAUCUGGCCCAGCCAAGGCGGCCAUGCGACUUGCUUCGGAUGGGUGUAAAACUAGUGGCGCUCUCGACGUUUACCUGCGACGAAAACGUGCGAAAAUAACAAAGUCAGAAAGGCUGUUGAUGGUAGACAAUGUAGCACAGGGGAUGGAAUAUAUUCACAAGUCAAAUGUCAUCCACAGAGAUCUUGCCGCUAGGAACUGUUUGUACGACAGGAACAAUACGGUACGACAGCUAUUUUCAAUCCAUAUUGAUUUGCAGAUUGGCGAAAUAAUCGGUGGAAACCAUUUUACGCUCUAUUCAAUGAGCUGCUCCAUUUAUUUUCUGUUAAUGAUAGACGCGAAAGCAGUGGCUGGCAUAACUGAACGUCUUGAAAGGUUGAUAUGGCAGACUACUUACGCCCCAAAUAUAAGAUCAGAGCAAGAUUAAAA